CCGCCCAUUUACGCAUGCCCAGAUUAAUUGCCGGUGGCCCAAAACUUCCGGGAUGAGGCCAGCUGACUGUCCUAUUUCUUGGUGUAAAUCGUCGCAUAAGUUGUUUUAUGAAACUGACACUGUUAUUAUUAGUAAAAAAAACCUGUCCGUUUAAAAUUUAACAAUAUUUUCGAGAGUCUGGCGUGUUUUGCUGUCGUUUCCUGUUGACCGAUGUCAGCUAGCCACCUGCUAACUGGCUGGCUCGUUAGCAUGUCGCCUUUGCAGAACACCAGAUAAUAUUUUAGCUCCUUGGAAAAAAUAGUUAUUUGUCCUUGCUAUGACCGAGUUGCAACGUCGAACGUCGGAUACUUUCGAGGUUGCCAAAGACGAGGAGGAAGAACCUCGACGUGUCGUCGAAAAUGAUGAGGCUGAAGGGAAACAGCCCAAAGGCGAGAAGGAAAAUCACAGUGAGGAGAAAAUGGACGAUUCAAACAAACAAGAGUCAACAGUCAAAGCAGCCAAACGCCCUGCGUUGAGCGCCGUUCAGCGUGUACUGAGGCUCCUGUUCGGAAGCUUGGCGGCGGUGGCGUGCGGCACGCUGUACGCCGCCUACCUCUCUGCAUUUCACGAAAGGAAGUUCUGGUUCUCCAUGAGGCAGGAAGUGGAGCGGGAGCUGACGUUCCAAGGUGGCAGCGCAAUCUACUACUACUACUACAAACGUAUGGUGGCGGCGACGUCUUUCGAUAGAGCAUUCCACGAGCUGACGAAAGACGACGGGACUCUGGCGGGACAAACCAUCAACGCUGUGGAGCGGCUGUCUCUGUAUCCCGAAGUCAUCACCAGCUACAUUUACAGAGUCUCUGGCAGCCAGGACAUCGUGGAACCCAUCUACUUCUACGUGGGCACGGUGUUGGCACUCCAGGCAGUAUACGCCACGGCGCUGUUCGCCUGCAGCUGGCUGAUGAGCGGCACCUGGUUGGCCGGCAUGCUGACGGUGGCCUGGUACGUCAUCAGCAGACCUGACGCCACCAAAGUGGAGCAGGCGGUUCCUCUACGAGAGAAUUGGGCCCUGCCUUGCUACGCCUGCCAGGUGGCGGCGCUCACAGGCUUUCUGUGCAACUACAUUGGCUUGGCAGCUGAGCACUUGUGCUACCUGACUGUGAGUGCCACCACUUUCACCUUACUGCUGGUGUGGGAGCAUAGCCACUACGUGCUCUUUGUGCAAGCCUUCUGCCUUUUCCUACUGGACUCCUUGGACCUGGUGCCGCCUCGCAAGCUGUCCGACAUCCACAAAUUGUACGUCAGCUCCUUGCUGCUGGCCUUCUUCCUCCAUUUUAACAACGCAGCGCUGCUGACCUCGCCGCUGCUCAGCCUCCUGAUUGGCUGCGGGCUGGCGAGGUACCUCCAGCAAAAGGUAAAGAAGGGCCCUCUGGUGGCCAGAAUGAUGAAACUUUUCCUUCAUUUCCACCUGGUCUUCACCACCGCCAUCACCUUCAACUAUUUAAUCAAAAAAGUCGUGCCUGUAGGUGAAGGUGAAUUUGUCUUGAAAUUCCUGGAGGUGAAGUUUGGGCUCAAUACGACAAACGACUUUGUGAGCAACUUUCUGGUGUGCCAAGAAAGUCUCCAGUCUCCCGGUCAAGAUUUGUUCCUGCGCCUCACUCAGACGUCAGUUCUGCCGUUCUACCUGUUGGUGGUCGCCGUCUGCGGGGUGUCGACGCUGCAGGCCGUCUACGGCAGAUUCAGCGGACAACCGACACGGAACGUCGAGCGACAGCCGCAAGACGGAUACGUGGGCGAGCGUCCCGAGGUGGCCUACCACGUCUUUCACACACUCGCCUUCGGCGGCCUGACACUGCUAUUUGACGGGAUGAAGUACUUCUGGACACCGUACAUGUGCGUGUUCGCAGCGUUUGGCGUGUGCUCGCCGGAUCUGUGGAUGACCGUCUUCAGGUGGCUCAGGCUCAAGUCAGUCCACCCUCUUGUACUGUCAUUAAUCCUGAGCAUCGCCGUUCCGACAAUCAUCUGCUUCAGCCUGUGGCGAGAGUACUGCCCCCGCGUGCUGGCCGACCUGUCGGAGCUUCAGGAGUUCUACGACCCUGACGCAGCCGAGUUGAUCGGCUGGAUCCAAACUCACCUUCCAGCGGCGGCCGUGUUCGCGGGCACCCCUCAGCUCCUGGGCGCCAUCAAGUCGGACUCCGGCGCCGCCGUCACCAGCUUGCCGCUGUACUCGGAUGUGGACAUGCUGAGGAGGAGUGAAGACAACUACCAGGUAUACUCUAUGCGCUCCGCUGAGGAGGUCUACAAGAUUCUGACCUCCCGCAAGGCAAACUACGUGGUCGUGGAAGAGUCCCUGUGCAACGAUUUCACUCUGGACCAGGGCUGCCGCAUCAAGGACCUGCUGGACGCCGCCAACGGACACGUGGUUCAGGACAACGGUGAGACGUAUGCCUUCUCCAGACACCGCCGCUUCUGCCAGGAGAUCAAGAGCAACCGCUCGCCGUAUACCAACUACUUCACCCGCGUCUUCUGGAACCGCUCCUAUCACGUCUACAGAGUCAACGCAGUCUUAUCCUUCCAGUAUUAACGGAAAACGACACAACUUGAGCGUCUUAAUGAUAUUCUUGAGAUCCGUGUACUAGUAUGCACUUUGGCGUCACGCGAGCGGCACGGCUGCAUCUUAUGUUCAAACGGUUCUCCAGUAAAGUUAAUCUUUAUGUAUUAGGGGUGUAAAUCGCGGGUUUUGUCACGAUACGAUAUCAUAUCGAUACAAAGAACCACGAUACGGUAUUUGCCGAUAUCUUAAAGCCUGCUGUGAUUCAUUCACGAUACAUCACGAUAUAGUGCUCUAUGAUCGAUUAUAGAACAAUAUCCUGAUUUAUAACAAUUCUUACGCAAAAUCAACAAGGUACUGCAAACUCUUUAUUUAGGAAAUUACAAAGUGCUUCCAAACGAAUGACUUGAAGCCCAAAGGGGAGUGAAUUUCCUCAUCUUCUUGGACACUAGCCAUAGCACCAGCCCAGGAGCCGCGUAGUUGUCGGCUCCCCGUUCACGUCCCUGCUCUGCUCACAACACAUGGCGCGCACUGCUCCCGGAAAGAGGAAUCAAGCAACAAUGAACUGGAUUUCAAAAUAAAGUCGCGUCUAAUGUCCGAGGUCAAAAACGGGCGAUAUAGAUCGAUGUUUACGUUUAGCAUCGAUGCCAACAAAUCGUAGAGCAUUAUAUCGAUUAAUCGAUGUGUAUCGAUGAAUCGUUACACCCCUAUUACGUAUUGAAACAUGCCAUAAUGCAGUUUGUCCUUAAAAAAUACUCUUUGACUGGCCAUACUGUUAGAUAUAAUUAUGUAUAUGCUCCUGAAACAAAAACAACAAAUGUAUGAAUAAUGGCCAGUCAGAGAGAGUAAAUUUUUUUGAAGGGUCUGCGGGACACUGUAGUCUUUGUACUGUAAUUUAUAAAAAUGUGCAUUUACUGUUUUUGUCUGCUGAAUCUCAAUGGGAUGCCAAUAUUGUCUCCACAUCAGUCGUAGAUAAGGACGGUUGCCAAGUCACGUAAUCAAAUACAGUUGUUUUCACGUAAUUUGAACAUGAUGAUUUUUGCUGCAUUUUUUGCUAGAGGGCCAAUUUUAUAUAUUGUUGCAUUAGCAGUGCCUCAAUAAAGUGAAAUGUGUGUUUUGGGGACUGGUAAUGAUAUUUUGCCUUUAUGCGUCUAUCGGUUUUGAUGCCUUAUAUGCUGAGUUGUCUGUCCCACCUCGACGUUAGCUUUCAUUGAACUAUUAUUUACAUUUACGUCCUUUCAAGCUUUUGUCCAAAUAAACUUUUGUAUGACCUAGUGUGA